AUGGCCUUGCUUCUAGCUUGGAACUUCAUUGAAAAACUUCUUCAGAAAAAGCUCAUAUCAAGAGUCCGUCACCCAGUCAUCUGUGUCAACAACCAUGUCUUCUGUUCCAUUUGUAUUGAAGUGUGGCUAAAGAACAAUAAUCAGUGCCCAGCCUGCAGGAUUCCCAUCACGCCUGAAAAUCCUUGCAAGGAAAUUAUAGGAGGAACGGGUGAAAGUGAUCCUAUAUUUAGUCCAACAGUCAGAAAGCACCUACGUAAAACAAGGCUUGAAUUGCUCCACAAAGAAUAUGAGGAUGAAAUAGAAUCCCUGCAAAAAGAAGUGGAAGAUCUGAGAGGUAAAAAUCUCAGUUUACAAACACAGCUGAAAUCUCUUCUGGAUCCUAGAACAUCAGCAUUGUCUUGCCAAAAUGAACAAACCAGCCAGUCAGCAAAUGAAGCGAUUUCCAGUGGCACAGAAACCCAAGAGGACUGGAGUAAAAAGCUGAAAGCUGUCAAUGAUAUGUAUGAAAAAGAGAUGGAUAAUGUGGAAAAGCUAAAGGAGGCAAAUAAGAAACUGAGCGUGGAGAACAGUAGCCUUUUAAGAGAAAAUUUGCGACUAAAAGCUGAAGUUGAUAGUAGAUCACCCCAAAAGUUUGGUAGGUUUACAGUAGCUGCACUUCAGUCCAAAGUAGAACAAAGUGAACGUGAGAUGAACCGUCUAAAAAAGGCACUAGAAAGAAGUGAUAAAUACAUAGAAGAAAUGGAGUGUCAGCUUUUACAGCUGAAAAAUGCAAGCGAAGGAACCCAGACAGCAAGUGCUGUUAGUGAGAGAGUGCUCUCCACGGAUGCUAAAGGAGCUGAGAGCAGUGAAGAUACAUGUUUGAAAACACAAGUUGAGGAGAAGAAAGCUUUGACUACCACUCAAAGUCCUCACAGCCUUGAACAACUGACAAGUGGUGGAACUUGUUUAAGCUCUUCUAGUCAAGAUGGUUCAAAUGGCUCAAAUACACCGUGUGCCCCAAAGAAAGAGCUAUUUCCAGGAUGUCAGGGGGUUCUGAUGGAUGAAAAUACUACAAAUAUGGAUGCCUGCUUAGAAGAGCAGUGGAAUAAAAUUGAGGAAUGUACCCCAUAUAAGGGUGAAGAACUUUAUGAUCUUCCACCACCGUGCACUCCUUUUCUGUCUCUCAGUCGCCUUCGGUUGAACACUCCCGAUGGAAAAGAAAAUACAAGGAAACCAUCAACAUUCCUGAGAAAACUGAAAUUUGAAGAGUUUUGUGACACUUCAGAUGAUUGCAGCAAAGAUUCUGCAGAGCACAGCACAAGCAGCUGUAAUAGCGAAAAGAAGCUGAACUGUUUUGCUACAGGAAAAUCAGGUUUUUGGGGCACCUGCCCAACCAAUUUUGCUGAGAACUUAGAUUUUGAUGACUCAGAGCAAAACUCAGUAACUGGUCAGACAUCAGCAAAGUCCAGUGAUAAAACAAGUUCUUGCUUACCUAAAAGGUUGCAUACUCUCUGCUUUUCUGAAAUGAAUCGCACAAGAACCUCCAGUGAGGCGUCUAUGGAUGCUGCCUACCUCGAUAAAAUUUCUGAAUUGGACUCGAUGAUGUCUGAAUCAGACAAUAGCAAGAGCCCAUGCUACAAUUUCAAGUCCUCUGAUCUUGAUAAUGCUUCAAAGUCAACAGAGUGCUCUAAGCUUCUGAAUGAAACAGAGAAGAAGCUGGAAGAAAUGAAUGAGGAACAGAGUAUGAAGUGUCCAGAGACAAGUGAACUAGCAGUUGACAGAGCUGCCUGGAAAUCUGCUAUGUUUUCCAACCUCUCUCCAUCUGAACUAGAUAUGAAUGACCACUUUCCAUCGUUUACAGGCCAGAACGUAGUGGCUAGUGAUGGCAAACCUCAAAACUGUUUAUUUCAAAGAGACUUUUCCCAGAGUUUGCUGUUCAGUAACUCACAAAGGUUGUUUGAGGAACAGAAGUUUGGUUCCUGCUUUUUGAAGAUGUCAUCUGACCUGCACAAUCAGCUUAAUCCUCCUUGGGCAUCUUCCUUUAUAUCUGAACGGAAAAAUAAAAAUACCAGUCAGUCAACCAAGAGGAAAAGUCAAAGCAGUGUCUCCAGUGCUAGUCCAUCAAAAACCACCAAAAACUGACUGCUUGGAAAUCAAACAUGACUCAGAGUCUUCAACCUGCAAAUGUUUAAUAUCUACAGGUGAACCUAAUUUUUAAUGACUUCCAUGCAAUCUAUUUUUUUCAUCGGUGUGAAAACUGAACAUUCCCUUGCCCUUUAGGAGCUCUUUCCUAGGG